AUGGCUGUUGACGGCCAGCGUUCCAUGGAGAACGCAAAGCAGGCCACAGAGGCCUUCUCCAAGAGCGACCAAGAGCCGUUGAGGAACAGCGUCAAGAAUGGGGUCAAGGCAGGUAUCACCUACGCCGCACAGGACAAGCUCCCGAGACUCCCUAUACCAGAUAUCGAAUCGAGUAUGAAGAAAUACCUGGCUGCGCUCGAACCCCUGCAAUCCUCCAGAGAACACGAUGAGACCCGAGCUGCUGCGAGAGAUUUCGUAGAGCACGAUGGCAAGGAUCUGCAAGAGAAGUUGAAGGCCUAUGCAGAGGGAAAGUCGAGUUACAUUGAGCAGUUCUGGUACGAUUCGUACCUCAACUAUGACAACCCUGUCGUAUUGAACCUCAAUCCAUUCUUCCUUCUUGAGGAUGAUCCUACACCUGCAAGAAACAACCAAGUCACCAGAGCUGCUUCACUCAUAAUAUCUGCGUUGUGCUUCGUUAGAGCCGUCAGAAAGGAAGAGCUACCUCCAGACACUAUUCGUGGCCAGCCACUUGAUAUGUACCAAUACUCUCGCAUGUUUGGCACGGCGAGAGUGCCAACCGAUAAUGGCUGUGUCAUUGGCCAAGACUCAGACGCGAAGCACAUCGUAGUCAUGUGUCGAGGUCAAUUCUACUGGUUCGAUGUCCUGGACCACAACAACGACCUCAUCAUGACCGAGAAGGACAUGGCGAUGAACUUGACAGCUAUAGUGGACGAUGCUGAUGAAAUUCCAAUCCAGGAUGCAGCCAAAGGAGCCAUCGGUGUUCUAAGCACGGAAAAUCGGAAGACGUGGUCAAGCUUGAGAGAUUUGUUGACGCGAGAGGAAGGAUCUGCCAACUCCGAGUGCUUAAAUAUCGUCGAUUCAGCUUUGUUCAUGGUAUGUCUGGACUAUACUGAGCCUACUGAGGUAGCGCAAUUGUGCGGAAACAUGCUUUGCGGCACGAACGAGGUUGUGAGAGGAGUUCAAGUUGGUACGUGCACGAACAGGUGGUACGACAAAUUGCAGAUCAUUGUGUGCAAGAACGGGAGUGCUGGUAUCAACUUCGAACACACUGGUGUUGAUGGCCAUACAGUUUUGCGAUUUGCCAGUGAUGUGUACACCGACACGAUUCUUAGGUAUGCCAAGUCAAUCAAUGGACAAGCACCAAUGUUGUGGUCGAGUCAAAGUCCUGAUCCCUCCAAACGUGACCCAGAAAGUUUUGGUGAUGUGAGCACGACACCUCACAAGCUGGAGUGGGAGAUGAUACCGGAGCUGCAGAUUGCUCUCCGCUUCGCCGAAACUCGCCUUGCUGAUUUGAUCAACCAGAACGAGUUUCAAACGCUGGAUUUCAAGGGGUAUGGUAAGAAUUUCAUCACCUCUAUGGGAUUCUCACCGGACGCGUUUGUGCAAAUGGCCUUUCAAGCAGCCUAUUAUGGUCUCUAUGGCAGGAUUGAGAACACUUACGAACCAGCCAUGACUAAGACGUUCUUGCAUGGACGAACAGAAGCUAUCAGGUCGGUCACACCUGAAAGCUCGAAUUUUGUGAAGACGUUUUGGGCAGAAAACACGGCGCAGAAAAAAGUCGAUGCUCUCAAGGCAGCGACACAGAAGCACACCGCAAUUACCAAAGAGUGCAGCAAAGCACAAGGUUGUGACAGGCAUUUGUAUGCACUAUACAGCGUGUGGCAACGGAAGGUAAAUGAAGAAGGUGCAGAAGCGGCGAGCAGCACAGGCUUCAGCUCACCUCGAGACAGCAGUCCGCAAGACCUGACUGACCUCGGAAGUGCUAAGAAACUAGAGGAUACAACAUCGCAGAAUGGGUCAGUGAGUCGAUCGCCGGCGCCACCACUCCAUCAGAUGCCAGCAUUAUUCGCUGAUCCUGGCUGGGAACGAAUCAACAGCACUAUUCUGAGCACAUCCAAUUGUGGCAAUCCAUCACUUCGCCACUUUGGCUUUGGACCUGUUUCUGGCGAAGGCUUUGGUAUCGGCUACAUCAUUAAAGAUGACUCCAUCUCAGUGUGUGCAAGCAGCAAGCAUAGACAAACGCGCAGAUUCAUGGAUGGCCUGGAGUCCUAUAUGAACGAGAUUCGGAAACUUCUCAAACAGACGAGGAGCAAAGAUUCCGUAGCGGCGAAGAUUACACGUGCUCGAGAAGUAGAGGACAAGCUUGGCAGAGAUGGCAGACUGAGGUCGAAAGGUCGUGUGAUCAAGACGGAACUGAACAAGGAGGAUGGGGCACCUGGCAAGGGCGCCGCGACGCCUAUGAGCAAUGGAACAGAACUGGAGGACGAUGAUGGACUUGGUGGCUAUGGCUUCUUCGAUGCAGGUAUGCUGUUGCAGGCACUGAAGAAAAAGGAGGAUCCUUCGGCAGCGGAACAGGUCGCACACAAGAAGAGAGCUGUCGGAAAGAAGCUUGCAUUGACAGAGUUUUAA